AUGGCUACGACCAUCAAGACCAGCUCCUUUCUGAUCGAGCUUCCGCAAGAACUCAAAGACAUGAUCUACGACUACGUCUUCUCAGUCGACUACGCCAAACUGCUCGGGGACAGUGCAACAUCGCACCCUCUCAUGCGGACUUCCAAGCAACUCAGAGCUGAAGCAAGAGUUCCUUUCAUCAGAGCACUAGCUCGCUCAUCCAUUCUCUACAUCGGCUGCGACCUUAAGAAACCCACAAACAUCGGAUGCUACUUCACCUGGAAAGCUCCAAGCGCAGACAGUAUCAACAGGCGACCUCGAGAGGCGCAUUUGUGCUCUAGGUGGUCUGUAUUUCGCCGAAGCAACUUCGCACAUGAAUUCGUCCCACGUCUGCAGCAAAUCUUCCUGGCCCUAAAACCUGUGGGUAGUCUUUUGUUGAGCAUCGACUUCGAGUGCGAUCCGCCGCUUCAUAUCGCUGCCGACUGGUUAUGCUGCCGUGACCGUCAGUUCGAGGGCAGAGCCGACAGAAUAUUCCGUGCUGGAAUCAUAACAUGGGAAGACCAGUUUACAGCCUGCUCAAUUGCCUGGAUCGAAGAGCUCUUGCUGGCUAUACGGGAUGCGUGGAUAGAGGCGCGCAGCAAAUCCUACGUGGAUCCUAGGAGGCAUGAUCUAACAAUGCAGGGCCAUCACUACUUCCCUUAGCAGCC